AUGGACAAGAGUACUUACUGGCAACAAGCUGAGCUGGUUGAUAUUCACCUGAUGGUACUUACUGUGGAAGAGUUGAUCAGCCUGUACCUCCAGCUUCCUCUGUUGAAGGUGACCCAUUUCCCAGUCUUCAAGAGGCAGCUCCUCAUCUCCCACCUUGGCAUUUGGCUUAGAGAAGCCUCCAGGAGACUGCUAUCAUGGCAGCAGAAACCCAAGCUCCACUACUUCAAGCAUUGGCAGAAUGAGUCCACCCGGUGGCUCCUGGCUGCAGCUGGAGUAGAGUUUGAAGAGAUAUAUCUAAAAUCUGCAGAAGAUUUGGACAAGUUAAGAAAUGAUGGGAGUAUGUUUUUCCAACAAGUGCCAAUGGUUGAGAUUGACGGGAUGAAGCUGGUGCAGACCGGAGCCAUUCUCAACUACAUUGCCAGCAAAUACAACAUCCAUCAGAAAGACACAAAGGAGAGAACCCCAUAUAGUAUAUUUUCUGCUCUUCCACCAACAGAGAACAUAGGAGCGAUUUAG